UGGCUGAGUUUCAACAUUUUUGCUCUUAUGUUUAAGUCCCUUUUAAAAUCUCUUUUGAAUUUUUAUAUAUGGUAUAAUUUGAGGGUCCACCUUCUUUCGAAUGUGAUAUUCCAGUUUCAUUAGUACUAUUCCGUGUAAAAGGCUGUCCUUUUUCCAUUGACUGCUUAUGGAGAAGUCCUUUUAAAUACAGAUGUCCCUGGGUUCCAUUGUCCCUGAAGCCAUUCAGGAGGUCCUCAGUUGUAAGUAAAUGCGUAAGUACCAGACUGAUGGCUGAAGUAAGGAAAAAGAAAGGUACUGAGUAGAGUGAUGGGAGUGAGCCCAAACCAAACUGAUUUUAGCCUUUCCUAGAAGUGGGGGGGCCACAGGCGAUUUUCUUUGUAUUUGUGUCACAUUACGAAGUAUGUCAUAUUACUGAAAUGUGCACAUCAUUAAUUCAUUGUAUAUUUGUUUUAGUCAAAAAAUACUUCUUAUGACCAUUAAGUAAAGGUAAGGUAGCACUUUACAUCUGGAUAUGACUAUAGUAAUGAGAUUUAUUAAAAGUCACUCAAAGACGGUUGCAUUUAUUUUGGUGGUUGGUUUGUUUGAGACCAAGCUAGCCUCAGUUGGCUUGAACUCAUAAUCCUCCUGCCCUAGCUUCCUGUGUUGUGAUUAUAGUUAUGAUUUACCAUAUCUGGCUUGCUUGCCUUUUCUUCCUUUCUCUCCCCACCCCACUACCAUUACCACUACUAGUUAACCCAGACUAGCUAUCCUCCUUCAGCCUCAGUCAUCUGAGUGUUGAAAUUACAGAUGGGCACCAUCAAGCUUCAGUUUCAUUAAUUAAUAGUCUGCAUAGUUAGAGUUACAAGUAAUGUAACAUCAGAUUAAUUAAUGAUACAUAUGGAUUUGGGAGAGCUUUGCCAAUGUGUGAACUAUUAAAAUGGUGUUAGUAAAUCUUUUUAAAUAAGUAGGUGAAAUACCACUUUUGCAUGAAAAUUAUUGUUCUUGAUGAAGAUCAUUUCUUUGGUAAAUACUAAAAUUAAGAAUCAAAUGUGACUAAUGCUAGGACUUAGGCUGAGUCAUGAGGGUAGCUGUGAGUUUCAAGCCAUCUGGGGCUAUAUAUACCUUAUGUCAGAAAAACAAAAAAAUAAGCAAAAAUAAAUAAAACUUAGCAGUAACCAUGGGAAGCAAGCAAAAUGAACCUUUUGAUGGUGUGUGAGCAGCCUUUUAACAUGCACAUUGAAGUCAAGAAUGAGCUAUUUGUGGUGUACCCAGCAAGAGGGACAUGUGCUUAAGUAAUUCUGUGAUAAACAGAUGCAGCAAGUAGACUCUAGUGAGAUUGUGCCUAGAACAGGGUAAGUCAGGAAGCCUUCUUCUGUAAACAUCUCAAAUCCCAGCUAUUCCACCAUUUCUUUCUGUUUGCUACACCUGGCUAGCUGUUGCUGCAUGUUGACAUGGGACUGGGUAUAAUGUAUUUGAUAGUCACUAAUUUGGCUGGUCUUUUUUACCUGAAUAUUUCCUUACAGUGUCAGUUUGCAGAACCUUUCAGGGGUUGAGGCCUUUCUGGCUCCUUCUGUAGAGUCCCAGAAACAAGAAGCAAGAACUGAGAAGUCUUAGACUUAUUUUAGUUGAUUAAUUUAAUUAAAUCAGUUCAAUCUAUCCAAGUUGUUUUUGUUGUUGUUUUAAAAUCUUUGAGGAAACUAUUCAGACCCUAAAUCCAAAACUUAAAAAAGAAAGAGGACUGCUAAAGGAGGUUUAAGUUUACCUCCAGCUCUCUUUACUCUGGUUACAUCUCUACCUUAUGUGCAUAUAUAUGGCCCCAUAAGGGAAUUUUCUGAGCACUAGUCAGUCUCACAUUUCUGGUUUGUAGGUGAAGAGAUGUCAGACUUGGUGCUCUUGUGCUCACCCUGUGUCAUAACUAAGCAGCAGUUCUUGAACUGGGCUUUGAGCAUAGGUCUGUCAAUACUAAGUUCUUUCCAUUGUUUUGUAGCGGUUGGCUGCUUGUUUUAUCAUAUGUAUCAUAUGUACUCUAUAGUUUUCAGAGGGUUUCUAAGUAUGUUCUAAUUUGAUUUUCACUCUGAACUGGCAGGGUAGAAUACUGUAAUAAAUAACUAAAGUUUAUUGCGGACAUACCUCAAGUGCUGGGAAUAAGGGUAUUUUACAUUCAUGAGUUCAUCCCUUACCUGUUUUUGAAUUUAAUUUUUUGACACUGUUAUUGAUAGCUUCUCUGUGUUCAUGUUGCAGGAUACAGAGAAGUUGAAGGCUAUUAAGUUUUAAGUUGGUGUAAUAAGUUUUAGAAACUGUUUCUCACUUUAUCCAAAAUUAUCACACACUGUGGAAUUAGCUUGGAAAAUCCAAUCUGCAAGAGUUUCACCUGAAAACAAGGUGGUUUUCAUUUACAAGUCUAGCUUGAUAAUUGAUGACUUGUCAAUGCAGGGCACUGCUUCUCAAUGAAUAGAAGCUCCACCAUGAGGCGAGGUGGAUGGAGGAAGCGAGCUGAAAAUGAUGGCUGGGAAAAAUGGGGUGGGUACAUGGCUGCCAAAGUCCAGAAACUGGAGGAGCAGUUCCGGUCAGAUGCUGCUAAGCAGAAGGAUGGGACGCCACCAUCUGCAAUAUUUAGUGGAGUUGCCAUCUAUGUUAAUGGAUACACAGAUCCUUCUGCAGAAGAAUUGAGAAAUCUAAUGAUGUUGCAUGGAGGUCAAUACCAUGUGUAUUAUUCUAGAUCCAAAACAACACACAUUAUAGCCACAAACCUUCCUAAUGCCAAAAUUAAAGAAUUGAAGGGAGAAAAAGUAAUCCGACCAGAAUGGAUUGUGGAAAGCAUCAAAGCUGGGAGACUCUUGUCCUACAUUCCAUAUCAGCUGUACACAAAGCCAUCCAGUGCACAAAAGAGUCUCAACUUCAGUCCUGUGUGCAAACCCGAGGAUCCCGUGCCAGGUCCAAGCAAUAUAGCCAAACAUCUCAACAACAGGGUAAAUCACAUAAUGAAGAAGAUAGAGACAGAAAAUGAGGUGAAAGCAAAUGGACUGAGCAGUUGGAAUGAAGAAGAUGCAAAUGAUGAUUUUAGUUUUGUGGAUCGGGAGCAGACAUUUCCAGGAAGGAAACAGAAUGGAAUAUCGCAUCCCAGAGACCCCUCUGUCAUUUUUAAUGGACAUGUUCAUAGCUCUAAUGGUGCCUUAAAGACGCAGGAUAGCUUGGUGCCUGUGGGCAAUAGUGUUGCUAGCAGGCUUUCUUUAGACUCUGCCCAGGAGGAGAAGAGGGCAGAGAAGAGCAGCACUGACUUCAGAGACUGCACAGUACAGCAGUUGCAGCAGAGCACCAGAAAUACAGAUGCUUUGCGGAAUUCACACAGAACUAAUUCUCUCUCACCAUCUUUGCACAGUAACACUAAAGUCAAUGGUGCUCACCACUCCACUGUUCAGGGGCCUUCAAGCACAAAAAGCACUUCUUCUGUUCUGACUCUUAGUAAGGUAGCGCCUUCAGUGCCAUCCAAACCAUCAGACUGCAAUUUUAUCUCAGAUUUCUAUUCUCACUCAAGACUGCAUCACAUCUCUACAUGGAAGUGUGAAUUGACUGAGUUUGUCAAUACCCUACAAAGACAAAGUAAUGGUAUCUUUCCAGGAAGGGAAAAGUUAAAAAAAAUGAAAACAGGCAGGUCUUCCCUUGUUGUAACUGACACAGGCAAUCUGUCAGUAUUGAGCUCACCUAGACAUCAGAGCUGUGUAAUGCAUGUUGAUAUGGAUUGCUUCUUUGUAUCAGUGGGUAUACGAAAUAGACCAGAUCUCAAAGGAAAACCAGUUGCUGUUACAAGUAACAGAGGCACAGGAAGGGCGCCUUUACGUCCUGGUGCUAACCCCCAGCUGGAGUGGCAGUAUUACCAGAAUAAAAUCUUGAAAGGAAAAGCAGCAGAUAUACCAGAUUCAUCAGUAUGGGAGAAUCAAGAUUCUACACAAACAAAUGGAAUUGAUUCUGUUUUGUCAAAAGCUGAAAUUGCUUCUUGUAGUUAUGAAGCCAGACAAUUUGGCAUUAAGAAUGGGAUGUUUUUUGGGCAUGCUAAACAGCUGUGUCCUAAUCUGCAAGCUGUUCCAUAUGAUUUUCAUGCAUACAAGGAAGUUGCCCAAGCAAUGUAUGAAACAUUGGCAAGCUACACACACAGCAUUGAAGCUGUCAGUUGUGAUGAAGCCCUGGUAGACAUCGCUGACAUCCUUGCAGAGACUAAACUUACUCCUGAUGAAUUUGCAACUGCCCUCCGAAUGGAAAUCAAAGACAAGACUAAAUGUGCUGCCUCUGUUGGAAUUGGUUCUAAUAUUCUUCUCGCUAGAAUGGCAACUAGAAAAGCAAAGCCAGAUGGGCAGUACCACCUACAACCAGAUGAAGUAGAUGACUUCAUCAGAGGGCAGCUCGUUACCAACCUACCAGGAGUUGGACGUUCAAUGGAAUCUAAGCUAGCAUCUUUGGGAAUUAAAACUUGUGGAGAUUUGCAGUGUAUGACCAUGGCAAAACUCCAGAAAGAAUUUGGCCCCAAAACAGGUCAGAUGUUAUAUAGAUUCUGCCGUGGUUUGGAUGAUAGACCAGUCAGAACAGAGAAGGAAAGGAAGUCUGUGUCAGCUGAGAUCAACUAUGGAAUAAGAUUCACCCAGCCAAAAGAGGCAGAAGCUUUCCUUCUGAGUCUUUCAGAAGAAAUUCAAAGACGACUUGAAGCUGCUGGCAUGAAGGGCAAACGUCUUACUCUGAAAAUAAUGGUACGGAAGCCAGGGGCCCCUGUAGAAACUGCAAAAUUUGGAGGCCAUGGAAUUUGUGAUAACAUUGCCAGGACUGUAACUCUGGACCAGGCAACAGACAGUGCAAAAGUAAUUGGAAAGGCUACUCUAAACAUGUUUCAUAUGAUGAAGCUAAAUAUAUCGGAUAUGAGAGGGGUUGGGAUUCAAGUGAAUCAGUUGGUUCCUACUAAUGCAAAUCCUUCCACAUGUUUAAGUCGCCCAUCAGUUCAAUCAAGCCUCUACCCUGGUAGAUCACAUUCUGUCUAUGAUCUCUUACAAGUUCAGAAAGCUAAGAAACCCACAGCAGAGGAACACAAGGAAGUACUUCUGGCUGCUGUGGAUCUGGAAACAUCCUCUGCCUCUAGAGCCUGUACUUUGUCGUCACCCUUUUCUACACAUCUGGCAGCUAGUGUCAAUACUGACACUAACAGAGGCGAGUGUUCAAGGAAAUGGAAUGGUCUGCAUUCUCCUGUCAGUGGACAGUCAAGACUUAAUCUAAGUAUAGAGGUCCCAUCACCAUCCCAGAUUGAUCAGUCUGUUUUAGAAGCACUUCCACCUGAUCUCCGGGAACAAAUACAACAAGUUUAUGCUGCUCAACAAGGAGAGCCACGUGGUACCAAGAAGAAAGAACCAGUAAAUGGCUGCAGUUCAGGGGUCUUGCCACAUCCUGUUGGCACAGUUCUGUUACAAAUACCAGAGUCUCAAGAAUCUAACAGUGACACUGGAAUCAACGUCAUAGCCCUUCCAGCAUUUUCACAAGUGGACCCUGAUGUCUUUGCUGCCCUUCCUGCUGAGCUUCAGAAGGAGCUGAAAGCAGCAUAUGACCAAAGACAAAGGCAGGGAGAGGACACCGGUCAUCAGCAGCCAGCCAGUAUGUCUGUGCCGAAAAAUCCUUUACUUCAGCUAAAGCCACCAGCAGUGAAAGACAGGAGAAACAAGAAGAAGAACCCCAUUGCUUCUCCCAGAAAGGUUCAGAGCCCUUUGAAAAAUAAGCCGCUUAGCAGUCCUGCAAAAACUCUGCCAGGAGCCUAUGGGAGCCCCCAGAAGUUAAUGGACGGUUUUAUAAAACAUGAAGGAACGCCUGCUGAGAGACCCCUGGAAGAACUCUCUGCUUCCACAUCUGGUGCACAGAACCCCUCUAGUUUGCACCUCAACCAAUCCAGCUGUGUUAGACCAACAGCACCUAACUUAGCUGGAGCUGUUGAGUUUGGUGAUGUGAAGACCCUGCUCAAAGAAUGGAUAACUACUAUCUCAGAUCCAAUGGAAGAAGACAUCCUGCAAGUUGUGAAAUACUGCACUGACCUUAUAGAGGAAAAAGAUUUGGAAAAAUUAGAUCUAGUUAUAAAAUACAUGAAAAGGCUGAUGCAGCAGUCGGUGGAGUCAGUUUGGAACAUGGCGUUUGACUUUAUUCUUGACAAUGUUCAGGUGGUUUUACAACAGACUUAUGGAAGCACACUGAAAGUUACCUAAACGUUCCAGAGAGCCUGGUGCUCUCUGCUAGCUGUGCCAGCAGUGCUUGUGAGGUAUUUGCAAAGUGCAUGAUAGUGAUGCUGAGUUUUUAUAAUUUUAAAUUUCUUUUUAAGCAAGUGUUUUGUACAUUUCUUUUCAAAAAGUGCCAAAUUUGUCAGUAUUGCAUGUAAAUAAUUGUGUUAAUUCUUUUACUUGUAGCAUAGAUUCUAUUUACAAAACAUUUGUUUAUAAAGUUUUAUGGAUUUUUACAGUGAAGUGUUUACAGUUGUUUAAUAAAGAACUGUAUGUAUAUUUUGUA